UGCAGCACCCGAGGAGGGAGUGUCAGGCAGACGGCCCUGGACAGAAGUUGUAGUGCCUUUGCUUGGAUUUUCCUUUUCUCUGUGUAGAGGUUCAGGGCAAGCAUGAGUUACAGGACUGUGGUGAUGUACAUGGAGAUCGGCUGCUUUGUGGUCUGUGUCUCUGGAUGGAUCCUGGUAUGUUCCACCAUGCCCACAGAGAUCUGGACUUGGUCUGAGGUCGACAGCAUAGUCUUGACCACUUCAAACUACUUCUCCAACCUGUGGAAGGACUGUAUAUCUGAUUCAACUGGAGUAUCUGACUGCAAGGGGAUUCCAUCGAUGCUUGCACUGAACUUUCUGGUCUUAGUGGGGAUGAAGUGUACUAAGAUUGGAGGAACAGAGAUUGCCAAUGCUAGAGUAACCUUUGCCGGAGGGAUGAACUACCUUAUUGGAGGGAUGUGUUCUAUGGUUGCUUUCUCCUAUUAUGGAAACAAAAUUAGAGCAGAGUUUCAGGACCCUAACUUCAGAGCUCAGAAGUUUGAAAUAGGCGUUGGUGUCUUCAUUGGCUGGGGAGGCUCCACCUUACUUGUUGUUGGAGGCCUUAUUUACAGUAUCUUUGCAGGGAGGGAAGGGUGCCACUCGAGCUCGAAAAGAUUCCCCACCUACCAGUUCCCUGCUCCCUACACAGUUGUUGCAACGAAGAAGAGCAUUGCGUCUUCAUCUCGUACGGGGUCCAGUGAGAGCAGACAAUCAAGGACCACCAGUGGCAGCAGAGUCAGCAGCGUCUCUGAGAUCACCACUACAACCAAGACGUCAGCGAUAAAUGAAUAUGUGUGACCUCUUUUCAGGAGUGGAGAAUAUUCUGUGUUUCUAUACGUUUUGACUUGUCAUAUUAGGAAAAGCACGCGUCCCGCCAAUGACAUUAAUGAUGGCUGUGUUCUAAUCAUGUGUCCAAGUAAGCUAUGACUGUGUGACAGUGUGUAAACACGCACAAUACUCUGAAACUGAAGCAGCUAAAUGGAAUGCAGCCAUCAUUCUUUUCAUUGUUCACACCUGUGCUUUUCCUGCUGUGAGAUGUCUACAUUAUCCUAUGUGUGUGCUCUUUUUGUUUGCUUGUUCGUGUUUUAGGUGCACUAAAUGCUCAACAAGGUCAUUGUUGAACAUCAUUUACAGUUAGGCACUAGAGUGGACUCACAAUGAAUGCCUGCUUUGCUGAUAGAAAAUGAAACACAUCAUGGUGUGGAUGAUAUCAUAAAAUAAUUCAAAAGAUCACUUAGGAGGACAUGUGUUUAUGAAUUAUGUUGUUUGUUGUUGUAGCCAUGAAUCAUUUUUUGAGCAUUAUUUUAUCUGAACAUAUUUUGAUGCAUCAUGUUGUUGCUCUGACCUGAAGCACAAAUUAUUGAUCCAUAUAGAAAUGUGGAUAUAACUGUUUUAUACAUGAACACACUAUUUACCACCGUCAGACGCUGUCGGGUGUUUUUCAAAUUUGCAAUAAAACAGAAAUAUUUAUAUUGAUUCAAAACAGAAAGAAUAAGUAAUUGAAAAACAAGAUUCUCACACCACAGUAAUGGGAUGAGUGAAUGUAGGGAUGCUCAUGUGAUUCACUGGAAUCCUCCCGAACUGUACCAAGUCUUACAAGACCCAUUCAUGGGCUUAAGAAAUGGUUUCCAAAUGUUAUAAGCCUCUAACAAAAUCUCAUUAUACCACAAAGCCUCAUUUGUCCCGAGGAAACACUCAAAUAUUCUGAACAUUAAGAAUACAACUGAUAACUAUUGGGUUAGAAAACAGAUUUGUGAGAAUGAAUAGGCUACUUAAAUUCACAUUUCAAGAUUAAAUAUUGCACUUACACUCUAUAGCCUCAGUCUAAUGAGCCAAGUUCCAAGCUAAUUUGUAUGGUGGUUUUAUGACAAGAUCAAAAAACAUGUAAAUGAAUUACAUGAAAAAGGCUUUAAACUAUCAAAUAACAUAACACCUAGCUCUACCUGGACCAUCAUCAGGAUUAAAGCAAAUUUACUACAGCACUGUGCCUAUGUUCACAUACAAAACAUAUGAUCAGUUUACAUGUGUGCAUCGUUAUAGAUAGCCAAACGUAUAUAAAGAAAUUAACUACAUAUUAAUAAUACUGCUCACAAUGUAAUGCAUCAUUAAUGAUGAUCCAAUAAUAUGAUAAGAACCCUGACAGAGGCCAUUCUGUAUCAGGAAUACUUUUUACUUCUAAGACUUUUGCACUUUUACUUAAGUAAAAUUCUAAAUGUAAGUAUUUUGCUAGUAAUGGAGUAUCUUUGCAUUGUGGAAUUGGUACUUUUACCAAUCUGAAUGUUUCUUCCAUUUGUUUCCUAAUGUCUCCUCCCAAAUUUACCACUCUCAUAUGCACCAUACAUCACAGUACACUGUAUUUAAAUUUGACAUUAAAAGUAGGCUGUGUUUAACUACCAUAUUCUUUCUAAAGAAUUGUGAGACCUUUAGUGU